AUGUGUCGAUCUAAAUUAGAAUAUGCUGAAGCCAGUGCAGAGACUGGAGAUAUAUAUGCAUCAACAGCUCAAAUUCGAAUGUUGUUACUCACUCAAACUCGAGUUAUACAAAGAAUACAAGAUUACGUCAACAAAGAAAAGAUAAGACUAGAAACUAUUAAGGGGUUCUUGAAGAACACUCGUAAGGAACAUAGGAAGGCUUUGAUGGAUGUCAGUCAGUACUUGGACAACCCUAUCAACGCUUUCCGUCUGAUCAGAAGGUUGACGUCUGAUUUGGAAAAGUUAGAAGCCUAUAUGCCAGCCAGAGUCACUGUGUACAGGAAAAACCAAACACUGGACGUGUAUUAUCCAGACCCUGGAGAAAUGGCGGAGGCUGCAUAUGGGCUUGUACGACUGCAAAUGAUUUACAAGCUCCAAGCGUCUGAUCUGGCUAAUGGAAUAUUGAAAGGCACAUUCAGUAAAAGCGGCCGACAGUUCAUAGAACGCGUGCGCCCUUUGACGUCUUCCGAUUGCUUCUUCCUAGGCCAUGUAUCAUACAAAGACCUGGGAGUAUUCAUAGCUGAAUCACCACGAUUUGACACAAAGAGGAAGCUAAGAUGGAUGCUUGAAGCUCAUAAGAAGUUCAUACAGGAAAAUUGUACUUUCUGCCCUGUGGAAGAACUGGAGAUCAUAGACCAUAUUAGCACGAGAUAUGAAGAUCUAGGCGAUUUAAAGAACAGCAUACUAUGGAUUCAGAAACGUAUAGCGGCUAAGCCAGACGAUCCUAAAAGGAAACUGUUUGCUGAAAUCAUGAAAGGAAUGCAGAAGACCCUAAUAACAGCACGAUUCCCUGAAAAUAAACCUGAGGUCAAUGAAACGCUGGGAAACGGAAGGGGAGAUUCAAACAGCAAACCACCUAAGAGUUCUAUUUGCUACACCAAACCGGGAAUACCAAGCAAAUUAGACCACAGACUGUCGUGCUACUUCGCUCACGGCCCACACCCGUUCCUCCGACUAGCGCGAUUAAAAGCAGAGCAAAUGCAUAUAAAUCCAAACAUCACGUUAUACUACGAAGUUCUUAGCGAAUCUAGAAUGAGGAGCCUCAAGGAGGCUUCUGGUGUGCUCACCCGUGCGCGUGUGGCUGAUAAAACUAAACCCAACUACCGUAUCGCCAAGGAUAUGAACUACAAUAACAAUGUGGAAAAUGAAUGGAUUUCCAAACAGAUCAUACAAAUAACAAAUAUGAAUAUGCCCCUGGAUGCACCUGUAGAGGUCCUUAACUAUGGCAUCGGAGGACACUACGCCAGUCAUUAUGAUUUCUUUGGGGUUUGUACUUUUAUUUCUUAA